AUGAAUAAUACUUGUGAUCAAGUGCGAUUAGUUGCUGCGCGAAACUCGAUACGUGAAAGCUUCAGGGAAAAGGCCUCAAUAGAACCUGCGGACGUACCAGACGCUAUAAAAGUCGCCAACGAUGUCGCUACUAUAUUACGCCAAAACCUAGUUCAGGGCAGGAAAAAGGGUGACAGAUAUGAGCUACGGAUACACAAAGACACCGAACGCGGGGACAAUGACACGGUGAAAUUCCCCGGCGGCAAGACGGUCAAGAUCGACGGAAAGAAGUGUACCGAUAGAUGA